UCUGACCCUCUUACCUCUUUACCAUUUCUUCCUGCCAAGAACGACUACCGCGCCGUGAGGGACCCCGCGGUCCGCGUAACUCCGGUGAGGAUUUCGGCGAUCAGUUUGCAUUUGUUGGCCUGGUAGCCAUCUAGCGCGAGAGCCGCACCUCUCGGGGAAGGGGGUGACUCGCGCGAGAUCCGCACGAUCCACGCGCGCUACCCAGCCUCCUCCGUCCGUGGUCCAGCAACGGUGGUUUUCUCAUUUCUCCAGGAAUUGAUCCGCCGUGCUCGCCAGGAAUCCGCCCCGACGCCUCCAGGUCCGUCCAGAUCGGUUUCCCUCCUUCCCGCGCCCGGAGAUCGCGCCCGGAUAAUCGAUCCACCUGUUAAGCCGUCAAUGAGAGGAAGGACAAGAUGGAGGAGGAAGAUGUGAGGACGAUAGUGGAGCUGUAUAUUUAUGACCUUACCAAAGGGAUGGCUGCGAUGAUGUCACCGAUACUCAUUGGUCGCCAGUUGGACGGGAUAUGGCACACGGCGAUAGUCGCAUACGGAAGGGAGUAUUUCUUCGGUCCCGCCGGCAUCCAGAGCGUGCGACCCGGUGGCACGGAGUUAAGGGAUCCGCAGCGAGUCGAGAAGCUGGGCGAGACUUACCUGCCCUAUACGGUCUUCCUGGAGUACAUAAACGGCCUGGGAACCUCCACGUUCGCACCAGGCACGUACAAUAUCUUCAAGCAUAAUUGUAAUUCCUUUACUGAGGAGGUCAGCAACUUUCUGGUGGGUAAGGGCAUUCCCAAGUUUAUUCUUGAUCUACCGGAAGAAAUAUUACAAACGCCCAUUGGCCAGGCCUUAGGUCCGUUAAUAGAAACAUUAAGCAAUAGUGCAAGUGCUGGGUUCACGGUCGGCCAGAGAUUUGUCGAAGCGAGAAUUCAGAGAGAAGCUUCGCCGGAAUAUCAACUUCUAAACACAGCCAUCGAGGAAGCAAGAUUGAAUUCAAUCGCGUUAGAGGAACGGAGAAACGUUAUCAACGAAAAAUUAGCGAAGAAAGAGCGAAAGAAGAAGAAGAAGAAGAAGGAGAAGAAAGAAAAGGGUAGCAAGGAGGCCACUGGCAGCGACAGCAACAGUACCGGACCGAGCAAUUGCUGCGCGGAUAUGGCGGAAAACGAAAGCGAAAUGCAACAACAGGCGUCUAAUGGAGAAAACGCGGAAAUGUUGCCAUCUGAGCGAGUAAUGCAGAUGGAGGAAGACGAAAAGCGUGAACAAGAAGAGAAAAAACGCCAUCGUGAUCCGCCAAUUGUGUUCAAAGACUUGAUAGAUGUACAAGCGGAAUACGAUGGUCUGGUAGACGCUCUCAAGGGAAAGUUGAAUGACGAAGAACAAACAUGCCUGGGCGAACUACGGCAAUAUGUCUUGGAGAAUGAAGGUUCCUGGGCUUUAGGCGAUAAUUUCCUGAACUUCGUAGGUCGAGUCCUUUACGAUAAAUCAUUAGACAGCGAUGUGCGAGUAAAAUUGUUGAAUGUGCUGUCCGUCGCCGCACUGAAGGAUGAUGUGAUCUUGUUGUUGCAUCAAGACAGGCGAGAACACAUCAUCAUGACUUAUGCCUUUGACAUCGAUCGGCAUCCACCAGAGGAACAACUUGCACUAGCACAAUUUUUGGCGAAUAUGUUCGAGAAUCUUAGCAGCUCGGAAUGGCUACUCUACAUAUCCGAAUGGCAGCAUCAAGAUCAGAACAUCAGUAGCAACAUUAGCAACAUAAGGGUGACAACCAAAGUCGCGGUACACUCGUUGCUCUCAAAUUCGGAAGAUCUGCAGAUCCGUGGCGCGGCCAUCAUUCAUAACCUUGCCUGCAAGGAGAAAAUGAACAAAAGCAAAAAUCUGCGGCGACUUUUACCGAAAGGCAGCAUUUCUAAGGUAUUCGAUGAUGUCGCAGUGGAGCUGACAAUGGCGUUGCUGCAAUACUUCAACGGCACUCCCGCGGAGGAGCAAUUGUACACGUGCAUGAAGUCAUUGGCACGUUUCACAUACAUCAGCGGCCAGGAGGUACCGCAGCUCAUACAGAUGAUCGGGCCCGAACCGAACAAAUUCAGGGGCACCUCCCAGAGGAUCGACGAGCAGAUCGAUCAAGUUAACAAAAAACUGCGUUAAAUGUCCGCCAACCGUCUGCAAAAAUAUCGUGUUCCAAGUGCGCGAUAAAACCGAACACGCUUCCACUAUGUUCAAAAUGGAUUUUUACUUAGAGAUUCUAUCGAGUUAUAGUCACGUUUAUUAUUAAUAUUAUUAUUAUUAUUAUUAUUAUUUAUGGAGAUUAAUUAUUGUUGUCAUUUUAAUAAUAUUAUUACUAUUAUUAUUAUUAUUAUUAUUGUACAUUAUAUAAUUGAUUAUUAGAUCAUCGCGAGGCGUCGAGACGCCACUUUUCACUUUUUUAUUCAACAGCGCACCUUUUGUUUUUGUAGAUAAUUAUAGUUAGCGACGCCAUUCUAACACAGAGCGUUGAAAAAUAGAAAAGAAACGCAGAAACGCAAUGUGACGCAAUGACGCACCGCCUCUCUCUGCCAUGUGCGCGACUAUCUCCCGAUUAAAAAUUUCUGUUAGAUUCCGAAUAUGGCGAAAUCUCCGAAUUAGCUGUAUCGAGUAACUGCGUGCUGCGAUUAAUCAGCCUACCAAUUAUAACUCUGUUUCUUCGCACAGCAUCGCGCGAAAACGCAAUAAAAUUUUGGCAAGACG